AUGGAUACCCAAAUAAUGACCAUGAACACUCAAGCUUACCACUCUUAUUCCUCUCGCUACGUGGGGGCCCAUCCACUCCAACCUACCUCUUCAACAACCUCAUCAUCCUCGUCAAACAACUCAUAUAUUGAUUUCAACAGGGAAUUAACUUAUGAUUAUAGCAAUAACACUUUCAACCCAAAGAUAUCCCUCAGAUCUUAUUGCUUUGCCCACCAAUCAUCAUCCACAUCUUCUAACCCAAACUCGACUUCUAACUCGUCGUUAAACUCCCCAGUCAAUUCUCCAUUAUCGAGCCUAGCCAUGCCAAAUGCCCAAUCUUUACCACAGUUCAAUAAUGGUCAUCGUCUUACAAGUGCCAGCAACCCAAACCUCACCGAUUUUUCUGGUUAUUCUACUCCUUUGUCGUCGACAUCUUCAUACCCAAAUGCUUUCCAAUCAGCGACAAACUCUCCAAGAUUCAACGACUUGUCCAGCAAGCCAUUUGUACCAAAGUAUCCUACCUCCAUCACACCGCUUGGCGCAAACCCUUCGAAUGUUUCAUCUUCUUCCUCAUCCCAUCCUGCGGGAAUGAAGCCAGAAUCUCCUUCUUCUCCAGUGUCCGAUUCUGAUGGUGUCAAUUCUAUGAACGGCGGUGGGGCCACUGGUGGUAAAAAGAAGAAGAGAUGCAACUUGCCAAAGAAAACCACCAAGAUUUUGAUCGAUUGGUUGAAUGACAACUUGAGUAACCCAUACCCUAACUCGAAGGAGAAGUUUGAAUUGAUCGUCAAGACCGGGUUGACAAACCAACAACUCAGUAACUGGUUCAUCAAUGCCAGAAGAAGAAAGAUCAACAACCUUAGAGAAAAUCAAUUGAAAAACAACAUGGUUUGA